UUGCAGGAGACUACAACCACAAAUGGUGUGCGUAUUGAUAAUGGUGUUGCGGUAGCCGAUUUGCUGGAUCUCGAAUCGGAGCUUCACAACAUCGAACAGGGUUACAACCAGCUCCAAAAUAUUCCUGCAUUUGCCGAAGAUUCGUGGCCCAGCAAUGACAUCUUCGCCGGUGUACAGCCAACAGCUGCUGCGCUACAUUCCGUGUCAAGUGGUACUGCUGUUGCACCAUUCCCGCCACCACCUGUCUCAUCGUUUGCGCUAAAAAAUCCAGCGCUGCUACCAGAUCCAUUUGAUGACAGCUUCAAUCCACGAUCCACUGUGGCAGCACCGGCAACAGCGAUGGUUCCUCCAGCACCAGCGAUUACAGCACCAGUAAAUGCUUUCAACGUUCAUCAACAUCAGCAGCAGCAGCAGCAGCAGCAGCAAAAUGCUUCCUUUUCAACAACAACUCCUUCACUAGCAGCAGCAGCAACAGUCUGGCCACAACAGCCUGAUGCUUUUGCGCCAGCGAGCACAACCAGCACUGGUCCAAUCGCUUUCUCGGUGACGAAUCCAUUUGUUUCAACAGUACAGGAAGCGACAGUUGCAAGGAUGGAGCCAGAUCCAUUCGAUACAGGGCGAGCACAACGAGUUCUGAAGGAUUCCGCAUCAUACCAUUUCUCUACAGCUGUUCCAUCAUGGCCAGCCAACGAAAAUACUGUGCCAUCAUUGGGCGCUGAUCCAAGUUGGAGCCUGCCCAAAGCAUUCAAUAAGCUGGUUGAUAUGGAUGCAUUGGUGUCGGCUCCGGAAAUGAAGAAAAAUCCGUUCAGUGAAUUAAUAAAUCCCUCGAAGAAAGCAUCAAUUAAUAGUGCAGCAACAGCGAUGACAGUGUCCAGCAGCACGGCGACAACGGUGAUCGGCGGCAGCACGGUUCUUCCCCCUCCACGUGCCCCAUUUAUUCCGGCCCGAACACCUGCACCAUUGAUUGUUUCAACAACCGCCAACAAUGAUCCGUUCAACGAUGAAUUUUUCCAUUAA